AUGGAAUACGUUCUAAAAACUGGACCUUGGAGUUUUGAUAGAGCCCUCCCCAUGAUAAAAUGCAUUUCACGCGAGGAACAACCUUUCGAUCUUGACCUGCACUUUAGCUCCUUCUGGGUAAGAAUUUAUGAUCUUCCACUCAUAGUUAGAUCUGAUACUAUGGCUAGAAAAUUGGGUAAUAUUAUAGGCACCUUUGAAGAGAUGGACUUUAGAGAAGCUCACAGAAAUGAUAGGUUCCUGCGCGUCAAAGUCAUGAUGGAUCUGAAGGAGCCUUUGAAGCGUGGUACUAUAGUCUCCUUUAAAGAAAAAAAGAUUAGGGUACAUUUCAAAUAUGAAAGGCUUCCCACUUUCUGCUUCAUAUGUGGGGGAAUGGGCCACCAGAUUAAAGAUUGUGAGGCUGUUGAGGAGCUCAAUGAAGAGGGCUUUGAAGACAUAGAAGAGCAGGACUUAGCUUUUGGUCAGUGGCUAAGGGCUUCCCCGCUGCCAAAACUCACUGAUGAGUUCAAAAAUCGUGACUCAAGUUCUAGUUUGUGUAGCAGGGAACUUUUCAAUGCAUCAUCUAGCCAAAGCCGUUGUGAAGUAAAGGAUAAAGAUAAAGGGGAGGACUUAGAGGUUCAACAAAUUCAAUCAUCUCCAAAACAGCAAUGUGAUGGAGAUAGGGGUGGAGGGUAUGGUUCAAAAAAUAACCUGGAUGUGGAAACAGUAGCUGAAUCUUUGGGUGCAGUGAUGCUGUCAACACAAAAACGCCUAACUAAGAAAGCCUCGAAGAAAGUAGGGGAUUAA